ACAUUUUACUUCAAAAUUAUAUACCAUGAUAUAAUUUAAAAUUACACCUUACCUCUACACCUACGGAUGGAUGAUUGCUCAUAACCAACCUCACUCACUCACACAGACACAAGGCCAUAACCAAUCUCUCAAUGUACUUACAUAUCUCUAACUCUCUCUCUUCCUCUCAUAUUCUAGUACUGGUUUUUCCUUACAUAUAUCGACAAGAUAUGUAAACCCUCAACUCUCUCUCUCUCUCUAAACAAAACUCCUCCGUCAUGUUAAUGGGCAUCACGAAAUGCAUGAUCUCAUUCAUCCUCACAUUUGUAACCCUCUUCCUCCUCUCUCUCAUCCCCUUCUCUCUCUCUCCUCCUCCUCUAACACUCGCCGGAAAAGGCCUUGCACACUCCAAUUCUACCUCAACCCUCCCCAAAUUUGCCUACCUAAUAUCAGGCUCAAAGGGUGAUCUGCAGAGAUUAAAGAGAACGCUGAGAGCUCUCUAUCACCCCUUGAAUUUCUACCUCCUCCACCUUGAUCUCGAAGCUCCGACUCAUGAGAGAGAAAAGUUAGCGGAGCAUAUAUCGAAGGAUCCGGUUUUUGCAGAGGUUAGAAAUGUGGAGGUUGUGGAGAAGGCUAACUUGGUCACUUACAGAGGACCCACUAUGCUUGCAAACACACUUCAUGCCAUUUCCAGGCUCCUUAGAACGGCCAAUUGGGACUGGUUCAUUAAUCUCAGUGCUUCGGAUUACCCCCUCCUUACUCAAGAUGAUCUAAUCCACGCCUUUUCGAAAUUGCCUCGAGAUCUCAACUUUAUACAACAUACAAGCAGUUUGGGUUGGAAAUUUAACAAAAGGGCUAAGCCCAUCGUCAUCGACCCUGGGCUCUAUAAAGUUAAAAAAUCAGAGAUCAUUUGGACUUCACAGCAAAGGGAGAUCCCCACUGCUUUCAAACUAUUCACAGGUUCAGCAUGGGUGAUGCUAUCAAGGGCCUUUGCGGAAUACUGCAUACUAGGCUACGAAAACCUCCCAAGGACCACACUGCUAUACUACACCAACUUCAUUUCUUCACCGGAGGGCUAUUUCCAAACAGUCAUAUGCAACUCUCAUGGCUUCAAGAACACCACUGUGAACCAUGACCUCCAUUACAUAGCAUGGGACAACCCACCAAAGCAGCACCCCAUCGCUCUAACCAAUUUGGAUUACAGGAGAAUGGUGAAGAGCUAUGCCCCAUUUGCUAGAAAAUUUAGGAGAAAUGAACCAGUCCUCGAUCGAAUCGAUAGAGACCUCUUAAAGAGAAAGGCUAACCAGUUUCCCUAUGGUGGGUGGUGUGCAAUGGAUGAGGAUGGUAAUAAGCCUUGCUCGGAGUUCAGGGGCAAGAUUCUAGUUAAGCCCGGCUUUGGGUCGAGGAGACUAAGGGCCUUGCUCACUAGGGCACUUUCUAAGAGGAACAUGGGGAGAAGACAAUGCAAGUGAUGGCACUGACUAAGGGAAAGUAUACGGUAAGACCGUUUAUUUUUUUGGAAUUAGGUGUGAAACUUGGCGGACAGCAAUGAGUGUGCCACAACGAGAAGUCAAAAUCUAAAAUACAAUUUUGGACUCUGUGAGGAGAUACGACGAGCCCAGUGGCUUGAUUCUAUAUUUGAUGGCUCGAAGUGUUUGCAAGCUUUACCUAAAUAACAUAACAGUCUCGUUGUAUACAAUCCCAUGGGAAAACAUCAGAAAGGCUCUUUCAACUUUUGAGAAAUAUGGAACUAUACUGAUGUGAGAGUGGAGGAUCUUGGGGAGUAGUUGUGGAAAGACAAAAAUGCCCAUGGAGCUUUGGAAAUUACAGAGUUUACCUUUGGCAUCAAGUAAUUACAAUUUUUUCCCCCUAACGGCUAGGCUGAGUUUUUUUUUAGCAAUUCACAAGGUUACCACUAUCUUGGCAAACUGUAGAUUUAGGCUCAUAUCUUUUGCUGCAGCCCAUCAAUGCAGAUUCUACAUACCUACACAGAUGUUGCUCUCUUGACCAAAGAGUUGGUUUCUAAAGAUGAAGCAACGGUGUGGUGUGGUGUGGUGUGCUUGCCCCCAAAUUUUGUAAUGAUUUUUUUUAUCUAAUGUUGCUAAUGUUCCCUUCUCGGGGUUGUAAGUAAGAUGAUUGUCUUUGUAAUUUUUUUUCUUCUUUUUUUAAUAGAAUGGACGGGGUCUGACAUCCCCAUUAAUUCACCCGA